AUGCCGAUCCACGUCACACCGACGAAACACCGCCAGACACCGGCGAACCAGCAUACCGCGGAGAGACCGCGCCACAUGAUAACAUUAAGUCACGUCAUCAUGGAGCGCGAAAUACCAACGAUACGCCAGCCACCAGACCAGGCAACGAAACGCCAGAGCAGCGCAAACGCUACUUUGACCGUACAAUCUACCGGUACUUCAGCUUCUAACCCUCCAACGGAAUCGACGUCUUCACCAUCAUCAACCCCCUCAUCGACAGAACCUGUGACCGUACCAUCUACCGGUACCUCAGCAUCUUACCCUCCGACGGAUUCGACGUCUUCACCAUCAUCAACCCCCUCAUCGACAGAACCUGCGACCGUACCAACUACCGGUACUUCAGCUUCUAACCCUCCAACGGAAUCGAUGUCUUUACCAUCAUCAACCCCCUCAUCGACAGAACCUGUAAGCAACCAUGUGACUGACGGCUAUAAGUCCUCACCGAUGGACGCGGUAAUAGGAAUUGAUACCUUACCAAAGGACUCGAAUGAGCGCAUUGACUUAGAUUCGAACCCUGGACCUCUGGUUUACGAGACAACCGCUCUACCACGGAGCCAUCGUUCCUUAAAGUGA